AAAUACAAUACAUCUGUUUCUCUUAAUAAUUGGUGAAAAUGUUUUUACUUGGGGCAAAACCAACCUACGGAGAAAGUAUUCAAUUAAUCAAUUUGGCAACAAGGACACUUUUGUAACUUGCGUCGUGGUAUUGACAAAUCAGCCACUCCAAAACCCCCAAAUUUCCUUCAAAUAAAUCACCCAUUUGAAUCAUUUCUUCCUCAUAUCUUCUGCAUUUUCACCCCUAAAAAUAAGUAUUUUUUCUGCUCUCUAUCCAAUAGAUUUGUCACUUGAUAAUAUACAUGGGUUCUCAAAAGAUUAAGAUUGGAAUUAAUGGCUUUGGAAGAAUUGGUAGAUUGGUAGCAAGGAUUGCUCUUCAAAGGAAUGAUGUUGAACUUGUUGCUAUUAAUGAUCCUUUUAUAUCUACUGAUUACAUGACUUAUAUGUUUAAGUAUGAUACUGUCCAUGGCCAAUGGAAGCACCAUGAAUUGAAGGUUAAGGAUUCAAAGACCCUUCUUUUUGGUGAUAAACCUGUUGCUGUCUUUGCAUCAAGGAAUCCAGAGGAGAUCCCAUGGGGUGAGACUGGAGCUGAGUUUGUUGUUGAAUCUACCGGUGUUUUCACUGACAAGGACAAAGCUGCUGCCCACUUGAAGGGUGGAGCAAAGAAAGUGGUAAUUUCUGCACCAAGCAAAGAUGCACCCAUGUUUGUUGUUGGUGUUAAUGAGAAGGAAUACAAACCCGAAAUCGACAUUGUUUCUAAUGCUAGUUGCACUACCAACUGCCUUGCUCCCUUGGCUAAGGUUAUUAAUGACAGAUUUGGCAUUGUUGAGGGAUUAAUGACAACUGUUCAUGCCAUUACCGCUACACAAAAAACUGUUGAUGGGCCAUCUAGCAAAGACUGGAGAGGUGGAAGAGCUGCCUCGUUCAAUAUCAUUCCUAGCAGCACUGGUGCCGCUAAGGCUGUAGGAAAGGUGCUUCCAUCUUUGAAUGGCAAGCUAACCGGAAUGUCAUUUCGUGUUCCUACUGUUGAUGUUUCGGUUGUCGAUCUCACUGUUAGGCUUGAGAAGGAUGCUACGUAUGAUGAAAUCAAAGCUGCUAUCAAGGAGGAAUCUGAGGGCAAUCUCAAAGGUAUUCUAGGUUACACAGAAGAGGAUGUUGUCUCUACAGAUUUUGUUGGUGACAGCAGGUCAAGCAUAUUUGAUGCAAAAGCUGGUAUUGCUUUGAACAAGAACUUUGUGAAGUUGGUUUCUUGGUAUGACAAUGAAUGGGGAUACAGCUCUAGGGUGAUCGACUUGGUCGUGUACAUGGCUUCUGUUCAAACUUGAACGCGUUACUCAAAACUUCGCAUCUUUGAAAACAGAAUCGAGUUUGGAAUCUGUGGAGUUCUCUAUUGAUGUUUUGAAGUUUAGUUUUAGUAUGAAAUGCACAAUAAAUUUGUUUUUGUCCUAGAAGACUGUUUUCUUCCUUGGAAAUGAAUUGACUUAGCUCAAAAGAUUAUGCAUAAAUGAUUUGAUGGAAUUAAUGAACAAGUUUAGACUUUUUCUAUUUCAGAUUGCCAUACUAUAUAUAAAGAAUGUACAUCUUCU